AUGUCGUCUUCACUAAAUGAAGCUGCGGUUGAAGAAGAAGAGCUUUAUUCCAGUUGGGCUUUAUUGAUCCAAACUGUUUUAUUAAUUCUUGCAUUAUGGACAAGUUACUAUUUACAAAUAAAACAAAUUCGAUCUAUUCAUGAGACGGUUAUAUCAAUAUUUGCCGAUUCUUUGUCCCUUACCCUACUUGACUCUAUGAUUUUUGGUUCAGUUCUUUCAGCAACUGAUCCUGUGACUGUACUUACAAUAUUUCAAACACUGAAGGUUGAUCCACAAUUGUAUUCAAUCAUUUUCGGUGAGAGUAUAUUGAACGAUGCCACCGCCAUCGUACUUUAUGA